GUAUCAGUUAAUUCAGUUAACAAUAGUAAAAGAAGUAAUAAGGAUAUACCAGAAUAUACCAAACAGGCUAAACAACGUAACAGCAACAGCAGCAGUUCCACAGUUUCAGGAGAACUAAGUGACAAUCCUGACAGCUUUCCACCAUCCUUUACGUUGUCAUCUCAGGCAAUGAAGACAGGAAGUGCAGAGAGAAGGGAAUCAGAUUAUGUAAUAAGUAAUGGUAAAGCUAUAAAUAAUCAGAACAUUACUACCCCAAAUAAGAAAGGCUUAGAUUUUCAUGGCUUUCAAGAGUCUAGGCAAUAUUCUCAUGAAAGUGGUGUCAAUCAAAAUUAUAAUGAUUCAAGUCUCAUUUCCCCUCCUAAGCAAUACUCUGAUAUGGGUCAUACUAGUGGUUCACAGAGCAAGAGGAUACUUUCUGGUUCCCAGCACAGUGUGGGUUGUAGUGCAGCUCGUGGUUCUGUCAGAAUCUUGUCAGAAGCUGAUAACUCAAGAAUGAGAUGUGACAGCUCUCUAAAUACUCAUUAUUCUGAUCAAGUAUUACAAGACUCUAGAGCAAGUUCACUUGAAAGUCGUGUCAAUGGAAAUUAUGAUGACUCCAGUCAAAUUUCUUUUCCUAAGCAAUACUAUGACAUGAAUCACAGCGGUGGUUCCAAGAGCAAGAGGAUACUUUCUGGUUCCAUGCGCAGUGUAGGUUCCAGUGCAGCUCAUUGUUCAGUCAGAACCUUGUCAGAAUCUGAUAACUCUAGAAUAAGAGGUGAUAGCUAUCUAAAUACUCAUAAUUCUGACCAAGUAUUACAAGACUCUAGAGCAAGUUCUCAUGAAAGUCGUGCCCUUAGCAAUUAUGGAGAUUUUAUUCACAUCUCCCCUCCUAAGCCAUACACUGACAUGGGUUACAGUGAUGGUUCCCUGAUUAAGAGGAUAUUGUCUUGGGCACCGACGGAAUCAUUUCAAAUUCCUGAAAAUAAACAUUUAAAGAGAGGCAGAGAUAUGUCAGUGCCAGAUUUUCAAGAUUUUGUAUAUACUUCGUUAAUGCAAAUACAAGAUGCGCUAGGUUUAUCCAAUGUUUUUAAAAAGAAAACUCUAAACUUAAAUAACAUAUCUGAUGAGGAGAUCAAUUGUGUCAAGCCUGUUCAUCCACCUAACGAUGUUUACCUUGGCCAAAUUCCAAUGUGUACAGUCUCUCAGAUUAAAGGCUUGGAUGAUAAACUUGAGAAUGAUUCAUUUAAUAGUAAAUGGAAAAAGGCGCUAAUUAAGAAUUUUGGUGCAGAGUACCUCCGAAGACUAGGACAUAUGGCUGCUGGUCGCAAGAUCAUGAAGGCUUUGUUCAGUGAUGAUCUGCGCAUUAAUAUGUGUUAUACCGGAAGAGUUAGCGGUAGUGUCGCUCUUUUAAAGACAAGAAUCUGCCCAGCAAUCUUUGGUGUCAUGGCAAAAAUCGGGUUUUUGGACGAAGAACUCGUUAAGAAGUCAUUGCAGAAAUCUUUGUAUAAUGCAAACGACAAGAAUACUCAUUCUAAGUCGAAACAAAAACAAAAAUGACAUUAAAUUAUUUUCAGCGUAUAACUUUUUAAAAUGUGAUAUUUAUGUUUAUUU